AUGGCUUCCACGCGACCGGGACUUAUGCAAGUCUCGGUCUCCCGCAGUGCCGAGGAGAAACGAUUGAUCCCAGCUUACUGCAGCAGUCUUGCCCGCCGUGCCAAAGAACUCGAAACACUUCGCAAGCACAUCGAAAUUGACGCUAAAGGCGAAGAGUUGUCAUUCGGCAUUCAGUCUCGCAUGUCACCCCACGCAGUAGCUGUACCCGAUGCACUACUUUCGCGAUUGACACAGCUCCAUGUCCUACUCGGCCGUGUCUUUAUGGAUAUCGUGGACCGGUGGUUCGCCGACGAAAAGGCCCGCUUCCCAGAGCGUAUGCCAUUGGACCCUUCGGAAGAUGCUCUGCUUCGAUGGAUAGCUUCCAGUGGAAGCGUUCCUGCAUAUCGCGAUCACGCUGGGUUUUGGCGUAGCGAUAUACUGUUCGGGCGAAGCCCUGAUGGUGUGUUCGAUGAAGCGCCAUACAUCUGUGAGAUCAAUGGCAGGCUCCCCUUGAAUGGAGUAAUGGGUGUUUACUUAACCACCAAUGGUCUCAAAGAGAUUGGUGCUGCGAAGGGAGGGUUAGAAACACAGGGAAAUAUUGACGAAGCUUACGACCGUCUCAUAUCGCUGUUCGAUCCUGAGAAACCAGUAUUUACUAUACGGGGUAAUUGGCCUGGCGCUGACUCAAAACUCCUUUCUGCUGCCAACGUGGCCCGAAACAGAUCACCUGUCGACGCAGUGGACCCCAAGAAUCUGGAAGUGCGCCCAGACGACGCGUCGCCGACAGGACUUUCGCUCUGGGAUAAGACUACUGAGACACACUUGGAACAAUGGAUUAUAGAGAUGCUGCAGCCCGAGUAUUCCGAAUUAGACCCAGCUGUCGCUCAACAACUAGCCCUUUCGCCGGCAAACGACCUGCGCACUGUAUUCAUUGUUCAUGACAAAAGACUUCUUGGGAUCAUUCCUGAAGAGCUUCCUGGAAUUGUCUCGCGUGGAGUGCUGACGGCAGAAGAAGCUGAGAUCGUCGCAGCUGGGAUUACUCAGACAAUCAACCCUGGUUCUGAAGGUGUUCGCGACCUUCUACGCGACUCGAAGGAGAACCCUGACUUGAGAAAAGGUUACAUCUACAAGCCUUGCCGCGACGGCAUGGGUCAUGGCAUUGAACUAGGCCGCAACAUGACUCAGAAAGCUUGGCUUGAGCGCUUGGAAAAACUCGACAACCCGGAUGUUUUGCGCCCUCACGAUGAUGCAGCUGUCAUCCAAAAGCUGGUAGAUCAUAACUGGUACGACAUGGUUCGUCACGAGGUUCCCAGCGACGAUGGUGCAAAGCCAAACAAGUUCCAUAUGAUUGGGUCUCUUUUCAUGCUUCAGAACCAGAAGUAUUAUGCCGCGCCUUGGCGUAUGGGAUUUGAGACCCAUCUUGGUAUCACGUCGGAUAAGCCAGGUCUUGUCAUGGCGAUGGUUCGUCAGCCGGAUUGGCCAGUCAGUUAUGAACCAGAGGAUGAACCUUGA